AUGGAACCUUUACGUCAAGCCACUGCACUCAAUGAGCAAGGCAUUCACCUUGUUACAUCUGGCCAACCCAAUGAGGCGCUCAGGUGCUUCAAGUCUGGAUUGGCUCUGCUAGCCACCGUUGCGGCUUCAGAGGAAGCUCCCGUCAUUUCCCCACCUGCCAAAUUCGGAGGCACGACGGCAAGUGCCAACACCAGGAUUGUGGUGAAAGCCACGGACAAUGAUGUAUUCUUUGAGAUCUCCUCAGUGGAAUCACAUCAUGGUGUGCUCCAUCCUUCCACUGACCAUCUGUCUCUCUACUGUGCGGCUCUGAUCUUCAACUGUGCCAUUGCAUUGGAGCGCAAAGCCAGCAGCUGCAGCGACCUUGCUGUCGCCUACAAGGUAUCUGACAAGGCUCGUCGUCUCUUGGAGCGAUCCUUGCAACUGUUGAGCAUGAUCCAUCAAGCAAGGCAAUUCAACUGCAGUGAAGCCAUUACCCAAGUGGUACGCAGACUAGCUUCACACUUUCACAGGAUGGGUGACUAUGUCUCUGUGAUGAGGGAUUUUGUUCCUUUGUUUGAGAGAGAUCCAGCUUCUCCUAAUGACUAUGCUGGCACACCUGUGAGUCCUCCCAAUGAAUAUGAUGACACACCUGUGAGUCCUCCCAACGAGUAUGGAACGCCUGGCACACCAGUGGAUGCCGCUCCACAGUACUCUUAUUCGGUCUCACCCGGAAAGGAAGAGGAUGAGUACUAUCAAGAUCAUCACCCAGAACAAUCGAGAGAUGAUCAAUACUAUGAUACACCAGAGCAUGCCAAUCCCGGUAGCCCAGGAUACUACGACGACGAAGAAGGCCAUUCGAGGCUUGAGGUUCAGGAAUCUUCCAGUGCCGAGUACUUUCGCGGACACGAAGAUGACAGUCCCUCGCCGAUCAAGAUUGAUCACCUGCGUCGCUUGGGUCGCAAGAAGGGUGGCGCCCCUCACAAUGGCAAUGUCAGCGUGACAAGUCCAUCGAGUCAAGCCAGCAGUCAAAACUCCGUCAGUGAAUAUUCUCAUUCCUCUGCCAUGAGAGGUGCUCAAGAGCUGUUGAAAAGAAAUCGUCAAAGGAGACAUGAACAAGCUCGAAGGCGGCUGAAUGCCAGCAAUAACGAAAUUCGUACAAACAACUCGGUCGAAACAGAAGGAAGUCCUGCCAAGUCCCCACCCCACUAUGCGUUUUCGCCGGAUAAUGGAUAUCAUAGAAACCAUAGUGGAAACCGCAGCGGUCCACGUGGAGACGACGGCAGCGCGUCAACGUGGGAGUCUGGCAAUUCCGAGGCUUUGACUUCGGCCAGAAUGAAGAGCAACAAGGACCGUGAUCCAGCCGAGAAGACCAUCAAGGAAGAAAAGUCGAAUUCCCUCGACGAUCAUGACGACUACGAUGAUCACAGCGACAUGCGGCAUCCAGGGUUAACUGAUGCACCAACUUCUUCCGCCACAGAUCUGGACAUUGCUGCGGACCUGGAUUAG